AUGCAAGCUAUGGCGGUUUGGACUUCACUACCUGAGUCUUUGAGUUCUUUUGUAAUACCACGGUUGCAUUUGAAUUUGUGUCCUUCUUCUAGUAGCUCGGUUAAGUUGGGAGAUAGAAGGAGAAGAUUGGGGUUGAGCUAUACUUCUUUCCAUGGGUUAGUGUAUGUAUCGACUUAUUUUAGGAGUUUCGAAAUUGGGGCUUUUCUUGUUGGUAAACAGUCUAAGUUAAAAGGCAAAUUUGUUCAUUUUUCUACGCCGAAAACUUUUGCCCUGUCGUGGGCACUGGAGGAGCCAGCAGUUGGCGGCCACAGUAUUACUGCCCAUGGAGAAUUAGUCGAUUUAGAUGAUUUUCCAGAUGACAGUGAUGAUGUAAAAUUUACUCAUACUGAUGAGCUGGAUGAUAAUAUUCGGAAAGAUACUGAUGUUCAAAGUGAAAAAGUUGAUGUUCGUGCUCUGUCAUUUAGACUACACUCAGCCAAAACUGUCGAUGAUGUUGAAUUUGUUUUGAAAGGGAAGGAAAAGCUUCCCCUUCAAGUGUUCUCGACCAUUAUCAAAUGUCUUGGCAAAGAGAAGAGGGUAGAUGCAGCAAUGGCUCUCUUUCUGUGGCUUAAGAGAAAGAGCAAGGAGGCUGAUAACCCAAUCCGGCUCAAUCUUUUCAUAUAUAACAAUAUAUUGGGAACUCGCAAGCAUGCUGAAAAUCUUGAUUUUGUUGAGGAGAUCCUAAGUGAUAUGUCCUCAGAAGGUUUACAUCCUAAUGUCGUGACAUACAACACUUUAAUGAGUAUUCACAUUGAUCGAGGGCGAGAAGCCAAGGCUAUCCAGAUUUUUCACGAGAUGCCGGGUAAAGGUGUGGCUUAUGCUCCCGCUUCUUAUUCUACGGUGAUAUUUGCUUACCGUAGGAUGGAAGAUGGAUUCGGGGCUUUAAAUUUCUUUGUCGAGAUAAGAAAUAAAUACCGAAAAGGCGAAAUUGGGAAAGAUGGAGAACAGGCAGACUGGGACUGGGGUCAUGAGUUUGAGAAGCUGGAAAACUUCACUGCCCGUGUGUGCUACCAAGUGAUGAGAUGUUGGUUAGUGAGAGCCGAAAAUCUAAGCACUGAUGUACUGAGAUUGCUAAUCGAGAUGGACAAUGCCGGUUUGCGGCCCGGCCGUUCGGAAAACGAGCGCCUCAUCUGGGCUUGUACGCGUGACGAGCAUUAUCUCGUGGCCAAGGAAUUAUACGCUCGGAUUAGAGAAAUGGACAACGAAAACGAAAUCAGCUUAUCCGUUUGCAAUCACGUGAUCUGGAUUUUGGGUAAGGCGAAAAAAUGGUGGGCAGCUUUACAAGUUUACGAGGACAUGCUGGAUAAAGGGCCGAAGCCGAAUUACAUGUCGUACGAGCUUAUUGUCUCCCACUUUAAUAUACUCUUAUCGGCCGCCCGGAAAAAAGGUAUCUGGAGAUGGGGAGUGAGGCUGCUGAACAAGAUGGAGGAGAAGGGGCUUAAGCCGGGUAGCCGCGAUUGGAACUCUGUACUCGUUGCUUGUUCAAAGGCUUCUGAAACUUCAGCUGCUGUCGAGAUAUUCAAGAGAAUGGUCGAAAAUGGGGAGAAGCCCACUAUUAUAUCCUAUGGGGCAUUGCUCAGUGCUCUUGAGAAAGGGAAGCUCUACGAGGAAGCCCUUCGGGUUUGGGAACACAUGACUAAAGUUGGGGUCGAGCCGAACUUGUAUGCCUACACGAUCAUGGCCUCGAUUUACGCGGGCCAGGGUAAAUUUGACAUUUUGGAAUCAAUUGUACAGGAAAUGGCCACCCUUGGCGUGGGGCCCACGGUUGUGACGUUUAACGCGAUUAUCAGUAGCUGCGGCCGGAAUAAUUUCGGGAGUGUGGCGUACGAGUGGUUUCAGCAUAUGAAGGAUCGAAAUGUCGACCCGAACGAGGUUACUUACGAGAUGUUGAUCGAUGUUCUGGCGAGAGAUGGAAAACCGAGGAUUGCUUACGAGUUGCAUUUAAGGGCAACAAACGAAGGGCUCGUGCUUUCGGCAAAGGCAUAUGAUGCGAUCGUUCGAUCUUCUGAAAUGUAUGGAGCGACGGUUGACUUAAGAAAGCUUGGCCCACGUCUGAUAGAGAAGAAGAAAAAAACGGUGGUGCAUGUUAGGAGGGAUUUUACGGAGUUUUAUAGGUUGGCCGAUGUUCAGACGAGGAGUAAUGUGUUUAAGAGAAGUGAGAUUUGUAAUGCGGCACAGAUGGAAGAAGAAUCGGAUUAG